GACUCUUUCUCGGCAUGUCUCCGCACACUCAUUAUUCUCAUGUUCGAUAAGAGGGUCCGACCCUCAGGGUCGAGACCCUCGCCUUUCUUCAUUAGCGUUCUUAUUGAUUAGCGAGUGAAAUAGACUCGGGUAUACCUCGGCGUGACUCACGUUGAUCCAUCUCUCAUAUACGUACUGCAAAAGCAAGCACCAUGACCGUCGCACCCACAACUGUAUCCUCCAGCCUAGCUUUGAUCGGCAACACGCCGGUGGUCCGCCUCCGCAAAGUCGUCCCCAAUAACCAUGCCGACGUCUACCUCAAAGUCGAAACCGGCAAUCCCACCGGUUCGCACAAAGACCGAAUGGCGCGAUCGAUGAUUGAAGAAGCCGAGCGACGCGGAGACCUCCGACCCGGAAUGACCGUGGUCGAAGCCACCGGUGGGAGCACCGGGUCCGCGCUCGCCUUCAUCUGCGGCGUCAAGGGCUACAAGUUCCUCGUGGUCUCGUCCGACGCUUUCGCCACCGAAAAGAUCCGGACGAUGCGUGCCCUGGGGGCGGAGGUCGAGCUCAUCCACAGUCCCUCAGGCCAGAUCACGCCCGAUCUGGUCCCGUCCAUGAUGCGACGCGCACAAGAGAUCGUUGACACCGGCGACAACUACUUCUACACGAAUCAGGCCACCAACCACGACGCGCUGAUUGGCUACGAGGGCAUCGGCAGGGAAUUACUGCAGCAGUUUCCGGACGGAAUCGAUGCCUUCUGCGGCGCUGUGGGCGGUGCGGGCAUGGCGAUGGCUGUCUCCAGGGUCUUGAAGGCCCAAUGGCCCCAGACGCGCGUGGUAGUGCUUGAGCCGGCGUCUUCCCCUGUCAUCACUGAAGGUCGCGCGGGGUCGCACCAGGUCGAUGGGAUUGGGCUCGGGUACAUGCCCGCACACUUGGAUCGGGAGCUCUAUGAUGAGGCGCGCGGCAUACCGGAGGAAGACGCCCGUGAGAUGUGUCAGCGACUUGCGAGAGAAGAGGGUUUGUUGGUUGGAACGUCGACGGGGUUGAAUGUUGUCGCUGCGAUUGCACUGGCGAAAGAGCUGGGGCCGGGAAAGACGGUUGUCACGGUCGCUUGUGAUACUGGGUUUAAGUACAUGAGUGGCAGUCUUUUCGCCGACGAUUAGACUUUGAAUGGCCUCAAAUAGACUUGUAUUGAAAGACUGUCUCGAAGGUCUGAAGAUUUGAUGAUUAAUGAAAAUGCUGGCGUGGGCCGGGGGUUGGUGGAAUUAGCGGUGCCAUCGUGGUUUGUUGGGCUGUUCGUUUACUUU